CUUUAACUGUAACAGACAUGUCCCGUGUAGCUGUGGUCACAGGAUCCAAUAAAGGCAUCGGAUUCGCCAUUGUUAAGGGCUUGUGUCAAAGAUUCGAUGGGAUCGUCUAUUUAACUUCUCGAGAUGAUAAAAGAGGAAUGGAAGCUCUAGCCGAGCUGAAGAAAAUAGGAUUAAACCCAAAAUAUCACCAGUUAGACGUAGCUGAUAGAGACAGUGUUCUACGAUUCAGAGAUCAUAUAAAAGAGAAACACGGUGGUCUUGAUAUUCUUAUUAAUAAUGCUGCCAUAGUUGAUAGUGAUUUGAGCUCGUCUUCUUACAAUAAUAGCAGAAAUGUUAUAGAUAUUAACUUCAAGAGUGUGAUAACUAUGCAGGAAUUAAUUUAUCCGUUAGUAAGAAACAAUGGCCGUAUCCUCAACAUUUCGAGCGACUGUGGUCACCUCUCCAAUUUAAGAAAUAAAUAUUGGAUUGAGAGACUAUCCAAAAAAGAUUUAAAAAUUGAAGAUUUAUACGAAUUUGUCGAUUGGUUUCUUGAAUCGAAGAAAAACGGUACGUUUAAUUCUGAAGAUUUUGUUGAUGGUGGUACUGUUGUAGCGUACAGGGUGGCUAAGAUUGCCCUCAGUGCUGUAACAAUGAUACAGCAAAAGGAACUGGAAGGUAGAAACAUAUCUGUCAAUUCCAUGCAUCCAGGAUUGGUGCGAACAGACAUGACAACUGGUGUAGGUUUCUACAAUACAGAUCAGGCGGCUGAGACUCCACUGUACCUCGUCCUUGAUGCUCCUCAAACAUUAAAAGGGGCCUACGUUUGGUUUGACAGGAAAGUUCUGGAUUGGUACGACUACAAUGCUGAUUACUAUUUUAAGAUAAAAACUCUUGUCAAUUAAGACUUAAAAUUGUAGAAAUAAUUGGUUAAAUAAUAACUAAGAAUUGUCUUUUUCAUUCAAUUUCAUUCACUAUUUUUUCAAAAGUAUUUCUGCUGUUUGAAUUUAUAUGGUAUACCGAGUCGAUAUUCUUCAAAGUAAUGGAAAAAAAGUUACUAAUAUUACUGACAUCACGAAAUAAACAGACUUCAAUAUAAUAUUAUAAGUAAAUAUAUAAUUAUUACAACAACUCGCUAUUUAUCAUGUACGUAUUACGUUUAUCACUAUUGUUGAUAAAUUUUAAUUGCGUAAUCUAUUUAUUGAUUAAGAUAUUUAAUAAUUAGUAUCUUUUAAGGUCGGUUUACAGUGAUACAGUAUUCCGAUCCAGCGCAGCAAUCCAGUGACACUGCAUUGGUAUUUGACAAAUGUAUAUAUUAUACUUUUCAAUCCAGUCUUAAAUCUAAUAUCCAACGCUCGAUUCAAAUAAAGCAGUCGAUAUUUUUUCAAUAUAGUAACUGCAUACCGUACUCCGUCCUCUACCGUGCUAGUGCCGCUACACGAAUAAACGCGUCGGCCGAGUCGAUGCCCUGUAAUGGUAACUGUGUAACGUUUUACUUUUAUAUCCUAAAUAUUAACAUACUUAUUUUUAAUAGCUUGGCAGCAUCAAAACAUAAACUAAGCUGUUAUGAGUUGCUAGUAAGAUAUAUAAUAAUAUAUAACAUUAAUGUUGUGUUUACAUCUAGUAGGAAACAUGUAAUUAUUUUAUUUUUGGUUUUGUGUUCAUGUAUUAAAAAAAAAAAAAACGUGGUCUCUUCAACGCAGCAACGCUUUAGUCCCUUUGAUGUUGCAGGUCAUCAAUUACCAUCAUGAUCAGGUAGACUUUCUGUUCGUUUGACUUCUUUUAAAAUGAAAUAAUACCUCAACAAUAUAAAUAUAAUUACUGGACCAAUCUAAACGGCGUGGAUCGUCAUUUGUUAGUGGCGCUGGAUCGAAAUACUGGAUCUUUGUACGUCGGCUACUAAAAUUCUGUUAAAGAGACACUUAUCGCAUAUGCCCGCAAAUAAAAUUAUGAAAAUGCUUAA